CGGCGUAACGUCACACGUCAGAAACAAAUCUUGCUUAUUUCGUAUCUGUCAGUUGUCCUGUCAAAGUAGGAAUUUUUGAGAAGAAAAUUAAGGUAUGUCGGGUUUCGGAGACAAUUUUGAUCAGCCAGAGGUGGAUCCUGCUGCGGAAUUUCUAGCUCGUGAACAAGACGAGUUGGCAGGUCUUGAAGACGAAGUAAAACCAGCGGCAAUCACCGUCCCCGUGAUAAACGGCGAUGACCAAGUAAAUUCCGUGGGCAGUUUCGAAUUGAUAGACGGUAUUGAUCAAGAUGGGCCCAAAGAGCCGUCAUUUAAUGUAAAUGAAGUAAAUGAUUUUCUUUUUGAUGCUGAAUCUUAUGGUAACGAUGCACUACCUGCGUUGCAAACUGACGAUUUUCGAGGAGCUUCCCCCUCUCCUCCUCCACAACGGCAAGAAGAUCGGGUAGAACCGGAAAAGAUCAGGAAAUGGAGGGAAGAGCAAGUGAAACGCUUGGAAGAGAAAGAUAGAGAAGAGGAAAAGAAGAAGUUGGAGUUGAGGGAAAUCGCAAAGAAGGAGUUGGAGGACUGGUACAAAAAUCACGAAGAAACGAUAGCCAAAACUAAAGCCGCUAAUAGGAACGCAGAAAAACAGUUUGUAGCCGAAGACAACGAUCUCGAACCGGGUACUGAAUGGGAGAGGAUCGCAAAACUGUGCGACUUUAAUCCGAAAGCUAAGCAAGGAAGUAAAGACGUGUCACGUAUGCGCUCUAUCAUACUACAAAUGAAACAGAAUCCAGUCCCAAUUAAGAAUAAGGCUUGAAUAUAUAAAGUAUAUAGCAUCUUUUUUUAUGAACGUAUACAUUUUAUUGUAAACUAUAUUAACUAAUUCCUUUUAAAAUAAAUGAAAAAUUCAUUCAAUCAGCAUGCGGUAAUUGUACAGGAUUAGUAAUAGUUUUUAUUUAUAACAAAGCCCCGCACGAUUAUUAAGAAAUUCUUACGAUUACUUAUAUUUAUAUUAGUACAAUAUAAUCAUAAUAAAAAUG